UUUUUAAAACUAAAUAAAUGGGUGUUUCCGUUUUCACCGCGAAGUAUAGGGAAGAGGAGAGACGAGUUGGAAACAGAAAGAAAGCAAAAAAAAAAACAUUUCUAUUAUCGAUCCUUUCAGCUUUGCUCUAAAAGGGUUGAUCGGAAGCGCUAGGAUUUGAGAGGAAGACAAUGGCGAAUCGAAUAGACCACGAGUAUGAUUACUUGUUCAAGAUCGUCCUCAUCGGCGACUCCGGCGUCGGCAAAUCCAACAUCCUCUCCAGAUUCACGAGAAACGAGUUCUGCCUCGAAUCCAAAUCCACCAUCGGCGUUGAAUUCGCCACCAGAACUCUACAGGUUGAAGGCAAAACAGUGAAGGCUCAGAUUUGGGAUACAGCAGGGCAAGAGCGUUACAGAGCCAUCACCAGCGCUUACUACAGAGGAGCCGUCGGAGCUCUCCUCGUCUACGACAUCACCAAGAGGCAGACCUUCGAGAACGUCCUUAGGUGGUUACGCGAGCUCAGGGACCACGCCGAUUCCAACAUCGUGAUCAUGAUGGCCGGUAACAAAUCGGAUCUGAACCACCUGAGAUCCGUCGCUGAUGAGGACGGUAGGUCUCUCGCUGAGAAGGAAGGUUUGUCGUUUCUGGAGACGUCUGCUUUGGAAGCGAGUAACAUCGAGAAAGCGUUUCAGACUAUAUUGUCUGAGAUUUAUCAUAUCGUAAGCAAGAAGGCAUUGGCGGCGCAGGAAGCUGCGGGUAAUCUUCAGGUUCCGGGGCAAGGUACUGCGAUUAACAUAACGGAUUCGUCUGUGGGUAAGAGUAAAGGAUGCUGUUCUACCUAGUUAACCCUCAAUGACUUAUAUCAAUCAGUCACACGUUUGAUCUUUUACCAAUUUUUUUUGGUUCUUGGCUUGAUUUCAGCAAUUAUAGCAAUACCUUUUUGCUUCCCAGUCUAUUUUAUUUUUUGGAUUUAUGUUACAGAUUGCUGUAUUGAAACUGUGAUCAUUCCACAGUAUUUCUCAGAAAGGAAAGAUCUUUGUUUCUUUAUUGUUAUGUAAAAGUCUUAUGCAGACACAUUCAC